AUGGGCCUAGUGAGCCUGCGGCUGCCCUGCUUCUUCCAGGCGGGGCUCGGGCUGGUCGUGCUGGCCGCAGCCUACCGCUACCUCGAGGAGCCCGCGGCGCCCGAGGAGCGGCGGGCGCAGGCGGCGGGCGGCGAGGAGAGGGCGGCUCGGAAGUCCUCCCUGUUCCGCUGGAAGCUGCCCCUGGUGUGCAACGCCCUCGUGGGGAGUCUCGCGAUGGGCAUCAUCGGGUCCUGGCAGACGCUGCUGCCUAUCAUCGGUGCCCGGGACGUGGGGCUGAAUCAGAACGAGAUCGGGCUGAUCAUGGGGCUGGCCGGCCUCGCGAUCGCCCUCAUGCAGUUCGGCGUCUUCAUCCCGCUGAGCCGCAGGGUCCGCCUGCCCCUGCUCGGGUCCGCCGGGAUGGUGCUCCUGUCCACGCCGAGCCUCCUGGUGCUGACCGGCAACGGCAUCUGGCAGUUGCUCGUGCUCACGUUCAUUCACGCUGCUGGCGCUGGGCUGGCGAUGGGGGGCCUCUCUAUCGUGGUCAACAUGCUCGCGCCGCCACACAUCCGGGGCACCGUCAUGGCGCUGACGAUCACCCUCCAGGCAUUCAGCCGCGUGCUCUUCCCGCUCGUGUCGGGCCCGAUGUACGACGCCGCGGAGUGGGCGCCGCUGGCGCUCAUCGCGGGCGCCGGCAUCGUGGCCGCCGCGAUCGAGCUCGCGCUGACGCCCUUCGUCCGCAAGCUGUCGCGCCCCGCGGGGCUGUCGAAGGAGCCCCCCGGGGAGCAGCUCGCGGACGCGUCGCCCAGCGUCGACGUGCUGGGGCGCCCGCUGGAUUCGCUCGUGUCUGGGGCGCUUGAGCAG